AGCUUCAUAAAAGACGGGCGAGGAGAAGAGGCGCCUGCUCCACUCGCUCCUGCGCGGAUCCUUUGAUCUCUUUCUAGGCGCUUCUGCAGAUCGAUUUCUGGUGGGUGGUGUUUUCCAAAAGGAAAGAAGGAUCGAAACUUGUUUCCCUCCAGGAAGCACUGAUCCGAGAGGAUUGCUCAUACGGUAAGAUAUUAACUGCAUUCCACUUGGUAAAGGAUGAAGAGGAUGCUGUCGAAAAAGUCUCACUCAUGGUGGUGGGACAGCCAUAUUAGCCGCAAAAACUCCAAAUGGCUCGCAGACAAUCUUGAAAAGAUGGACCUCGGUGUCAAAGAGAUGCUAAAGUUGAUUGAAGAGGAAGGAGAUUCUUUUGCAGAGAAAGCUGAGAUGUAUUAUGAGAAACGUCCUUCGUUGAUAUCGCAUGUUGAGGAGUUCUAUCGCAUGUAUCGUGCCCUAGCUGAACGUUAUGACCAAGUAACUGGUGACCUUCGCAAGAAUGUGGAAUCAGAAUUAAAAUCUCAAAUUUCAGGCAAUGGAUCUGAUCUUGUUUCAGACCCACCUUCUCCUUCGUCUGGGAACUCUUCAGAACUCACUCCUGACUCGAAGUUGCAGCAACCCAAGACCCAUCCCAAGGCUCCUGGGUUUGAUUUCUUUCUCGCAUCUGGUGGUAGCUCUGAUCUUUCCAGGAAAGACAGUGAUGGUUCAUUUUCGUCCUCUGAAUCUGAUUUGGAGCCUGACCUUGAUGAUAUAAAUGAGGAAAAUGGAGAUAGCAUUUCCUCUAUCCUGCAGCAGAGGAUUCAGGAACUUGAAAAUGAGCUCCGGGAGGUGAGAGAGAAGCUCAAUGCAGAAGAGCAGAAGAAUUAUCAUGACCAGUGUAAACUUAAAAUUGAAUCUUUGGAGGAACAUUUAUCAGCUGCAAAUGAGAAACUUCACUCUGCGGAAACUGAUAUCUCAGUCCUUAAGAAAACACUUGAGGACACCAGUGCUUCUGUAGAUACUAAGAUCAUAGAGUUCAAUUUGGAAAAGAAGAAGGUUUCUGAUUUGGAGGAAGACGCCUUGAAGCUACAAGAACAAAUAUUAGUUCUCAAGAAUGAAACUGAGAUUCUAAAAGGCUUAGCAGAAUCUUCUGCUAAGCAAUUCGAAGCAGAAUUACUGAGUCGUGAUUUCAUCAUUGAAGAAUUCAAAAUUGAACUAGUCAAUGCUUCUGAAAUUUUUGGCCAGGAGAAGUCUGUCCUUGAAGCUGCAAUAUCAGACCUUGAAGGUGUUAACGUUGAACUAAGAGCCGAAGUAGAAAAGAUAGUGCAGGAAAAUUUGUUACUCAAAGCCUGUGUUUCCGAGCUAGAAAAUAGAAUUCAGGAGCUGAAUGCCUCGAACACUCUUUCCGUUGACAGAAUCUCUAAGGAGAAGUCAGCACUUGAAGAUGAACUCUCAACUCUCUCUCAGUCGCACACACUCCUGGAAGCUAAAGUAAUCAAACUUGACAACCAAACGAGACAGCUUGAAGCUGAAAGACUUAGAGAAUGUGAUGAGAAACAGAAGCUCAUCACUGCAUUAAAUGGAAAUCUAGAUGAUCUCAAGCUCAAAUUUGAUAUGCUGACAGCCAAGAAAGAUGAGGUUUCUUCCAAGGUGGAUUCUCUUCUCAAUGACAUCAAAAGCUACGAUGACCACAAUCGGCAAUUGCACCUAGAGAAUGCAAAGCUAAUGAUUCAGAUUGAGGAAACCACAGAAGCCAGUUCAAAUUUGAAAGCAAGAUUAAAGGAGCUUGAGGACGAAGUGGAGAGACAGAAGGUCAUAAUUUGGGACGGUGCCGAGGGCAAAAGGGAGGCAAUAAGGCAACUUUGCUUCUCACUGGAGCAUUACCGUGAUGGUUACAUUCAACUCAGGGAAUUGCUGAAGGGGCAUAAGCGAUCGGCCAUAGCAGUAAGGUGCUGAUCUUGAUGGGUAUCCUUUCUAUUAUGAUUAUCAUGCAAUGUCCAGAGUCCUUCCGAAAAUUCAGGGUGGAGUACAAUACUCUCUUGUUUGUCUUUCGGGGUAUGUAUAACAGUAUAAGAAAUCUUGUUUAACAGUAGGAAAAAUUUGAUGAGUCUGUGUUUUGAUAGAAAAUGUCAGUUUGGAAAAAUCAAAACGUUAUAUGAUAAUAUCAUUCUGGUCUUUGCUGUUGGUUUGGUUA